CCGGCGCCUCAUAGUCAGGAUGGCAGACGGAGAGGAGAGCGGAGGAGAGGAGGGCCGGGAGGACGUGCUGAUGACCCCGGCGCAGCUCAUCGCCAGGCUGGAGGAGGCUUGGCUCAAUGAGAAGUUUUCUCCAGAACUGUUGGAGAACAAGUCAGAGUUGGUGGAGUGUGUGAUGGAGCAGCUCACGCACAUGGAGGAAAAUCUGCAGCGGGUGAGGAAAGGUGAUGUGAAGGCCAGUGUGCAUCGCAUGGAGAUCGAUCGCAUCCGCUUUGUUCUGAGCAGCUACCUGCGCUCAAGACUCCAGAAGAUCUAUCAGUUUUUCCCUCAUGUUUUGGAGAAAGAAAAGUCACGUGCUGAUGGAGAUCCUUCAUUUCUCUCUCCUGAAGAGUUUGCCUUCGCUAAAGAGUAUCUGGCCAACACAGAGAUGUAUCUCCGAAAUGUGGCUCUGAAACACAUGCCCCCAAACCUGCAGAGCAUUGACAUGCUGAAGGCCGUUCCUGAGCCGUGUCUGGACUCGUUUGUGUUCCUGAGAGUCAAAGAGAGGCAGGAGAAUAUCCUGGUGGAGCCUGAGACGGAUGAGCAGCGGGAGUACGUUGUGGACUUGGACGAAGGUUCACAGCACCUGAUGCGUUACCGUACUAUAGCGCCUCUAGUUGCCAGUGGUGCAGUGCAACUUAUUUAAACCUGCAGAGCCUCAGGAACAGAAUGAAGACACCCUUACAUGCUAGAUGGCCAACUGUGAACAUCAGUAUCCCAGCACCUUUACAGAUCCUGCUUGGACCCUGAGCAUGUCUGCAUCUUUGAAUCUAGAAGCAUUUAUAUUUUAAAAUGGCUCAUUCUCAUCAUGAAACUGACAUAAAAGCAGUAUGGAUUGUUAAUGUUGACUAAUCUAUAAGAACAAACGAUCUUCAGUGUAUUCUGAUUAUCUGGAUUGUCUUGGGUUAUUGCAAUCUCCCUGCAAUAUUUCAUCACAAAUUGACAGCUGCGUUAUUGCAGUCUGAUCAGAAACUAGUGAACCUGACACUCUUGCUCUGAAACGGAAGCUGUGGUUUUCUCUGUAAAUGGGAAGUUGUUGGUUUGGAUGUAUGCGGUCGUUUAAAUGGUCAUUGGGGUUUUGCUGGUGUGUUAGAAUAAAAUGGUAUUAUUUAUGUUUCUAUAUUGAUCCACCAUGUUUUUUGUGUUGUUUGCUGCAUGCUGUUUUGUAGUAUAUUAUAGCUAGCUGUUAAAAUGAUCUGACUUACAUGUUAAACUCUUUAAGUUUGUCAUUGUCAACAGGAUUUAUGGCAUAAUUUCCGAAAAACACAUUUAUAGUGACAUACUUGAAUGUAAAUAGGGUCAGAUAUCUUGUAUUUUAUUCUAGGAGUUUUUCAGGGGGGAAAAAAACAGUUUUUGUGUUUUUAUAUAAAGCAAG